UCAGCGCCAGCUGCCAGUGCGUAUCGUGUCACGACGGAGAAGGUGGUGUGACUUCCAGUUUGAUUGGACAAGCCGUCCGAUUAUUCUCAUUAAUCGUCGAUUCGCGAGCGUAAUAUCGGGUGAUCGCGAUAAAUACGACUACGACGAAUGUACGAACGUGAACGUCGCCGUGUUUGUCUCGUGGCCGUUAACGAAAGUACUUUGUGAAUUGUGUCGAGAUCUGGUCGUGCGUGUAUUUUGUCUUUCAUUCUGCAAAUCUUUUCUCUUCCCUUCUCUCCCAUUUUGUUCCUGUAGGAAGGAGCCGACUACAAAAAUGAGUGCCAUGAUACUGUGGAUUGUUACGGCGAUUAUCGCCGUCACAAUGACGGCAAAUGCCGCCGGUCUCAAGUGCGACAAAGUCAGGCCGAUCUUUGAGGCGCAAGGGUUCCCGCUCAGCGACAUUCCGAAGGAGGCAAUUUCAUCGAAAGAACUGAAAGUAUGCGGUAGUGCGAGAAGCGGUGGUGAAGUGUGCUGCUCAGCUGACAUGGAAUUGAGACUGCAGGCGCGAGCACGUGACAAGCACGAGAAGGCCACCAAAGAGACUCUUCACAGAAUGCAUUCGGUGGUGGCAACGCGGGGAAACAGGUUCCACAGUUUUUUUAAGGACCUAUUGGCAGCCAGCAAACGAGGUUUUCAUGAGAUGUUCAAGAAGACUUACGGUAUCCUCUACGAACAGAACGCGUAUGUCUUCACAGACUUUUUCAACGAGCUGGAGAAUUACUACGCGAAGGGAACGGUGGAUCUCGAUGAAGCAAUGGACAAUUUCUUCAACACUCUCUAUCAAAAAAUGUUCACCGUGCUCAACAGCCAGUAUAACUUUGACAAUAAAUAUCUAGAGUGCGUGGGUGAACACAUGAAAGAGAUGCGGCCAUUCGGAGACGUGCCGCAGAAAUUGGGCGUGCAGAUCAAACGAUCCUUCGUCGCCACGAGAGCUUUCAGCCAAGCUCUGACGGUCGCCGCGAACGUGCUGAAAAAUAUGCAAACGCUGAAACCAUCAGCGGAUUGCGCAGCUGCCCUGACCAGGAUGACAGCCUGUCCGUCCUGCAGCGGUAUAUCGGACAACGUGCUGGCGUGCGGCGACAUGUGCGCCAAUGUGAUGAAGGGUUGCUUGGCACAACACGUGGCACUCGACAUUGAAUGGAAUCACUUUGUCGAGGCUGUGGACAAGGUGGCUGAUCGAUUGCUCGGCCCGUUCAACAUCGAGGUGUUGGUUCGUCCAAUCAAUCUAAAGAUCUCCGAGGCAAUCAUGAAUUUCCAGGAGAGCAGUCACGAUGUAUCGCAACGAGUGUUCACUGGUUGUGGCCGGCCGAUGCUAGGUAGACGCAGACGCAGGGACAAUCGCGAGUUGGAGCUAGAAUCUCUAAACUUUGAACAGGAAACAUUAACGGAAGAUCGCAGUUCCACUGCUGCGAUGCUAGAUAAACUGGUGAAGGAGAUACGCCAGCGAGUGCGCGAUCUCAAACAAUUUUGGAUCUAUCUUCCUUAUCGGCUAUGCAACGAGGGUUUGGUUGUGCCGCCUAGCAACACGAAAGAAUGUUGGAACGGCACGCACGUAGACAAAUAUAUAUAUCCAGUGUCCUCGGAUGGCGAAACUCAAAUGAUGAAUCCCGAAGUGCGCAGUAUGGGACCAAGACCGACUAUCGUAAGGGAUCAGAUUUUCGCCCUUACUACCAUCACAAAUAGAUUGAGAUUGGCGUUCAAUGGGCAAGACGUCGAUUGGAUCGAUACAGAGGAAACGUGGUACGGUUCCGGCAGCGGUUCUGGCGAUGGUGCGUUCACUGACGACGAGGACGGUUUCAAGGAAGGAUCUGGUUACGAACCGCCGCACGUGGAAUCGGAAUCGGAACCACCAAAACAGCCAUCUCCGCCUGUCGUUCACGAGGCCGAAACGCCGCCGCGAGUGGAUAUUGAGCCGCACAAAGGUACAGGUACAAGCAGCACGGGCGCGGAUAACAAUCAAACCACUGCUGUAGACAACAGCAACGGUGCCAGUAGACAGAAGAUGUCGCUGUCUAGGGCGCUGACAACGUAUCUGGUGCCGAUUGUAGUGAUGUGGUUCGGCGGUUGCCUCAACGACUUCCUGUGAUCGUGUGGAUUUUGCGACUCUGAGCCUAGCCCAGUGUAAAUAUUAUCCUAUUGCGCACCGCAAUCUCAAUCGCGAGAUUGAUGGAGAAGGAAAAGUACUCUUGAUAAACUUGAAUUGUGCAUAGUGAUGUCUCGCGAAUCUUCUUGCUUCUAGAAAUCGUUGAGGACAUUUUUGCAAACAGAGCAUUCUUUGGUCUAUUUUUGGAUCUUCAAUUUCAAUAUUUGCUAAAUCGAAUAGAUAUAUCGAAAUCAAUUUAGCGAGUAUUGAAAUUGUUAGCCAAUUGACCUAGCAUGGAGUAUACGAAUUUUCGUGGCCAUAGCUUUUCGUCCGUUUUCCAUAAACGGAGAGAAAGAUUAGAAAAAAUUAUCAGCUACCUACUGUUUGGAUCAGAAACAUUGUAGGCAUUUAGCGAAUUAACAAAUUUUACUAAAUGUUGUCUUAUAACAGCUUUUAUUCUAUCAUUACGAUGAUAAAUAAAACUGGCAUAGUGGUCCAAAUGUUUCGAACUAAUAGUUUCGAGCUGAAUGAUUCAAACAGUAGCAUGACAAUUUUAUCUCCCUUUACCAAUCUGUUUCUUGACUGAGCAAAACAUUGUUGCGUGUUUCGAAAAAUUCUCGAAAUAUGGACAUAAUUACCGAACUUGUAUCGAAUGAAAAUAUUUCUAUGCGAGAGGAUUUGCAUUUCCGCGGACUUUUUUUUUAUUUAUGUGAGCGCCGAAUAUAUUAUAAUGACGCUACAUAUUGUAUAGUGUGCUUAUUACAAAAACAAUCGCGUUCCACCGUUUAAACAUUUCUUUCCGAAUUUUAAAUGUACUACAUUAUAUCAGAUUUUUAUUGCCAGCAUAACGUAUCUCUUAUUGUGAGAAUAAUGUAUCUCAAUCUAAGAUCGAAUCCUUCCACAAAUCUUAUUUAUUGAUUUUAUUAGAAUUCUGUUGUCAACUGGAGAAACGCGAGUUUUUAAACACAAGCAAAUAAUUAAUAAUGCGAAUAGAUAUAUUAUUACGACGGAGAGAUAAUUAUUCUGAUUAUAUUAUAUUUUUCAACGAUUUUUAGACACAUUUAAAAAUCUAUCAUUUGAUCUUACAAAAAUAUUACUGCCAACUUUAGAAAUUUUCCACUUUUCUCAUCCUUUUUAUCCAAAUAUUUAAUAAUAUUGUGACAUUAUUGGAUGUUUUGAGCCUGCGAAUUGUUUGAUAAGUAUUAAAUCAUAAAGUCAAAGAUAAAAUCAUCGAUCAGAAUGUUGCAAUUAUCAUUAAUCCUGCAUUCAUUGCCGAUAAUCGCUAGAUAAGCAUAAUUCAAAAGCAAUGUAAUUCGAGCAGUGACAAUCGCAAUGAUUUUGCUGUAUACAAACGUGCGGUAGAAAUGUUUGAUAUAUCCCGAUAUACGUAAAACGAUCCGAGCGAAGUAUGUAUAUGAGCGGGACCGAAUAUUUAUUAAGUGUUUGUUAUACGAUUCAUUCAAAAUCGCGAAUGAGCGCAUGUUCAGAAUAUGUGACAGGAAGCACGAAAUAUCAGAAUCCUUGUCCUUAAGUUGUUUCGUAUAGAUUUUUAGAAAAGGACUCUACGUGUUACACAUCAAGAUGAAAAAUUUUAGCAUGUUUAGUGCUAAAUACGAUUUUCAUUUUAUGUUAUUUAACAUAGAAACGCUAACGAUCUAUUAAUAUAUUAUAUUAUUGGUUUAAAAAUAAUAAAAAAGAGAAUUACACAACAUACGGAAUGCAACGAUGCCAUAAAUCUAAACGAGAAUUUAAUUUGGCUCACAUUAUAGAGAGAUUUAUUAACAGUGUUCUCAUCAAUCAGUUUCGUCGAUGAUGAAGACGAUCUCUAUGUUAUGGAAUAAAAUGAUACAAUUAAAUAGAAAUAACAAUUAAUAAUAAUGAUUUGAAUUUCGAAGAGAACACGUCCUAAGUUAUUGCGAAAUCGAGCCGCAACGUUGUAACAUUAAUUCGCAUUAUAAUUAAUAGCAUGGAAGAAAAACAAAAGAUGUGGUUUGUUGCGAUAUAAGAUGUAAAUAAAGAGUGAAGAUAAGAAGUGAUAAGAAUGCGACGUUUAUACUUUCUGCGUUUGAAAUAAAACAUAUGCUUCAAACUUUAUAGGGCGGAAAAAGGAAGAAAAUUAUGUAGAAAGAUGUAGAAAAUGUAGUUAUAAAAAAAGAAAAAAAAACUUGUUCUUUCCCAAAAUUACAUUGUGGAACAUCUGUCGAUUUUGCGUUUGUUGAACAUUAUAUGAACUAUCGAAAGAAAUAAUGGUACAAGUUAACACACAGAAUAUAGCAAAACAAGGUGAUUAUUGUUUAUUAAUAUUUUUAUUUGACACAAAACUUUAAAUUUAUUUGUUGAAUUUUCUAAUUUAGUAAAUAAAUGUAAAGUAUUAUAUAAUGUCAAAUUAAAUGAAAUUUGCCAAUAACUUCGAUAUGAAACAUAAAAUAUAAGUAAUUUUUUUUGCAUAUUUAAAAGAUAAUUUUGAAAUGAUAAUUUUAUAUCAUGAUUUACAUUAAAUUUUUUUGGAUUUUUUUUUAGAAAAAUAUGACUUAUAUCAUAUUCUUUUCCAAGGGUUUGUUAUCUGCUAUCUUGUCGUAUCGUUUGCGUAGUACAUAAUUAUAUAUUGUAUUACUUCGCAACAAAGUGUCAAAGUGAUGUGAGAGAAUGGCGGUCAGAGACGAGCUCCUGUGAUAAAAUCGAAUAGAUUGAGCAUUAUGACCGUUCUCCGCGCUUUCUUUUACGGCUCGCUAUUGAAGGCUGAAGGACGCGCAAGGGCGCGAGGGACAUUAUUGAAAAAAGUCUAGUGAAAUAAAAUAAAAUUUAAUGGAUAAAAUUAAUUAUUUGUAAUUAUAUUAGUGUAAUAUUAUUAUAUUAUUUUUAUUAUUAUAUAUAUUAUAUAUAUAUGAAAUAAAAUUAAUAUAAAAUUAUAACAUUCUGUAUUUUGAAAAUGUUUUGUGCAUGCGCAUUUUUAAAAGACGCUUGUAUGAAACAUUGAUUUUAAUGGCACAAAUUCCUUGAUUUCCAAUGAUUUGCACACACACACAAACACACGGAUCAUUUAUAUGUAAUGAUAUUUUUAGUCUUUGUUAAAUUAUCUUGUGGACAAUAUUUUAUGUACAAUUUUAUACGUAUAUA